GUUUCUGAGGACGGCAAUGACUUCCUCACGACCCGGAUGUUCGGUGAUCAGAUCGCAUUCCAGUCAAUAAGUGGGGACUACCUAAGCGCGGAGGGAGACGAGAUCGGCACCCGCCGCUAUUGCAGCACCUUCGAGCGGUUCUCCGUCGUGAAACAGGACACGCAGUACUCCUUCCGCACGGCGUCAGGGAAAUUCCUGAGCGUCAGCGACCGGGCACCCUUCGUGACAUUGGGAGACUCGCCGGGUGACACGGAGUCAUUCCAGCUCUUUUCGUUGAUGAUGUACGGUGUGAAUGUCGGGCAGCAGCUGGAAUUGCUCGAUAGGCACGGCUGCGUGAUGAUUAACCAUCUCCUUGACGGAGAUCAGUUAGGCAGCCUUCGGGACGUUGUCGUCGAGGAGAGCGCCCGCCUCGACUUGGCACGCUGCCACGAAGUUCGCUUAGGGGACCUGGCAGCCAAAUCGCCAGCCUUCGCCGAGCUAGCGACACACCCCCUGGUGAUGCAACUGGCGAGGCGGUUGCUCUCUCCAGCACUACUGCUGUCGGAUAUGCAGAGCUGUCGUACGGACGUGGACUACGUGCGCAAGGAGUUGGAGGAGACCACCUGGCACGUUGUGCAUCCUUACAGCAGUGCCGAGUUUCCUGGCGUCGUUGACCCCAGGAUCAACGUCACUGUGACUUGGUUCCUAGACCAACUUGACACAGAGAACUCCACGUGGGCUUUCGUGAAGGCGCCGCUUGGGGAUGGCGGACACUUGCCGCAGCUGCCACACCUCAGCUCCCCGGAAGAGCUGCAGGCUGUUGCACGUGGUGCGCAGCCGUUGCUGGCGAAGCCCGGCGCGGCAUGGUUGUGCAUUGGCCCAUAUUGGAUGUCAAACAACGUCGGUGCAGCCUCCUUCUGGAAGGACUAUGAUGCGCAGACGCGCUACAAGCACCUCAGCGGACAGAAGGAGCAAUCCUUCCGGGCGCUGACGGACGCGCAGCGGGCUGCUCAGCCAAGGGAGGAGCUUUGCCCGACGGUUCUCCAGGCCACCUACGUCCGCGAGCACGUGGUCACGCCGAUGCCGCCAGCACACGAGGCUCUGGCGCAGCUCGGCGAUGCAGGGAGGCAGCUUGCGAGCUUGUUCCGGGCGGCCUGA